AUGCCUUCUCUUGCCAGUGAGGCAAGGAAUCCACGGCGUCCCCCUGAAGAGAGUGGGCCUUUUGGAAAAAGACGCAAUGCCCGUUAUAAUUCAACUCGAUCUGGAACUAGAACGGGAACUCCCGCCAGAAAGGAAAACCCGAAUGUAGCGGAGUUCGGCAAGCUGUUCGCACAGCAACAGGAACAGGAGCAAAACCAAUCGAAACAUCUACCAGCCUCAACUUCCAACUCUACAGAUUCACCCCGAAAAUCUAUUGAGAAGGUCGCAACUGAAUGUAUUCUUUAUGGGUACAAGAACAAAGAAAGCGAGUGGAAAGUCAUUGACAAAUUUGAACGGAUAUCUCAAGGCUUGAUAUGCGAGGACUACCCAAGAACCGACCCUGAAUUGGCACCAAAGUACCCCCAACUGCUAAGCGGUGGUGAUGUUGUUAUUCAUCCGAAUCUGUCGUCUGAUGCCAACAAGAAAGCAAAGAGAUAUGCUGGAGGAUUCCAUUGGAUAAAAGUCACUUUUGACACCGCCGCCGCUGCUGACCGUGCCUGCUUCUUCUCCCCACAAGAAAUCGAUGGGUUCAUGAUCUUUUGUGAACCAUAUCAUGGGCAUGGGCCACAGCAUGAUGCUCCAAUUCCUAAAGACUCCGCCGAACUUGUUGGGCCGCAGCUAAAAUCACAUACCUUGAAUUCGUCUCAAUCCAAUAUAUUUUUUCAAUCCGCUGAUGUCGACCGAACCAACCUUCCUCGAUCCUGUUCUUCCCCUACAAUCCCGAACAAUGGAACUGUAGAUGACUCCGUUACUUCUCAGAGAUCAUCGACUACGGCCAGCUCUGCCACAGCCAUUGAGCCAGCGGCAAGCAACACUCUACGUCAACGGCAAACUCAAACUCAAUCCAAACCUGGAUCUGAGCCAAAGCCAGAGUCCGAAUUCAUGACCCAUAUUCCUACUGUUCGUCGUGCUGUUUUGCGACCAAUUUCCGAAGCCCUCCCUCCUCAACCCACUGUGGUUGAACGUGUACUUCGAUCUAUUCCCAUAUUAAGUUGGUUUACGGGUGACAUUGUUGGUGAUGGGCCUGUGCUUCGCGAAGAUGGAUCGUUCGAUCACGACAAGUCAGGAGCCUAUUGGCGCUUCUGGUAUAUGGUCGAUAAGCUUCUUGGAACCGACUUGUGUGGCUUGAAGGAAGAAUCUUAA